AUGAUACUGGAACCUAUUCACGAUACUCCAGCACGAGGCCCACAUCCAGAAUGGCUUGUAUCCCUAUUGCCCCCCGCACCACAAGUUGCUCCCAAUCAUGCAACGCUUGUAGCACAAGAACUUGUACAGUUAGAGGCUGAUGUCGAGGAUGCGCUUUUGAGAGCCGUGGAGACUGACCAAAGUCUCACUAAUCUCGAGGAUGAGCUACAGGUUCCAAGAGAAGACUUUUCUGGCGUAGAAAACUUAAGUAAUGAAUACAUUCACAACGCAAGUGAAUUUGUUAUGAUUAGUCUCACGGGCUUGUCUGCAGUAAACUAUGAAAGGUAUCAAAGUCAGGUUCGGCGCCAUCAAAUGAGUCUCACACAGUUUGCCACGUCUUCUCAAAGACUUGGUGAAGGGAGACGAGAGGUAGAAAGAUUCAAUGACCACGUUCAAAGAAGAUAUAGUACUGCCACACUCGCACUUGUAAGAGCUGAAGUUAAUUUUUCAAUCGGGAUUGUAGACCAGUCAUUGGAAUAG